AUGGGGGGGUCUGUGUCUUGCUGCAUCUCUCCGGGGGACAGUCCCAAGUUCCACCGCAGGGAGCUGGAGCUGGAGGAGUGUCCCAUCACCACAGCAGAAGACCUGAGCGAGGACACAAGGACAUACCUGCAGCACAUCAGUGACCGGGAGCUGCCAGAUGAGUUGGCCCAGGAAGAAAAUCCGUCAGACCAUCCAAGAGCAAGCACCCUAUUCCUCAACAAGUCCCAGACGGAUGUGAGAGAGAAGAGAAAAAGCAACUACUUAAAUCAUAUGUCUCCGGGACUCUUGACCAAGAAGUACAGCUCCUGCUCAACAAUAUUCAUCGACGACAGCACAGUCAGCCAGCCAAACCUCAAGAGCACUAUCAAAUGCGUGGCUUUGGCCAUCUAUUAUCACAUCAAAAACAGAGAUUCCAACCGCUCUUUAGAUAUUUUUGACGAGAAGAAACAUCCUUUAUCGCGUGAGAAAGUUCCGGACGAGUACUCCGUGGUGGACCCCGAACACAAGCUGAUCUACCGCUUCAUACGCACUCUCUUCAGCUCGGCACAACUCACGGCCGAAUGCGCUAUCGUCACUCUGGUUUACCUCGAAAGACUCCUGACGUAUGCAGAGAUGGACAUUUGCCCGAGCAACUGGAAACGUAUUGUUCUUGGAGCCAUUCUGCUUUCCUCCAAAGUGUGGGAUGACCAGGCCGUGUGGAAUGUCGACUACUGCCAGAUCCUCAAAGACAUCACCGUGGAGGACAUGAAUGAGAUGGAGCGCCACUUCUUGGAGCUGCUGCAGUUUAACAUCAACGUCCCGGCGAGUGUUUACGCCAAGUAUUACUUUGACCUGCGCUCGCUGGCAGAUGAAAACAAUCUCAGCUUCCCCCUGGAGCCAUUGAGCAACAAGAGAGCACAGAAACUGGAGGCCAUUUCCAGAUUGUGUGAGGACAAGUACAAAGACUUUAAGAAAUCUGCCAUGAAGAGGUCCGUCAGCGUAGACAACCUGAUCGGCAUCAGGACGACGCAGGCUGUGCUCUCGUGA